ACUUGCAGUGAGAGUGUUUUGCAUGACUGACUGCAGAAAGAAUAGAUGGCCAUGAAAUUUUAACAGGAUUUUUGAGCGAGGUUACAUCAAGUUAAGGUGCCCAAAUUUACAAACAUCAUUAGGCUUUCGUCUUCAACGACAUUUCACCGUGAAGUCACCAGUUAUUGGUGAAGUAAGUACUUCAGUUCAACAAGGGUUCAAAAACUUCGUAGAGUAAUUAAAGCAACACUUUGGCAGUGGCAACACCUAACACGACAGUGGUUGGAAAUAGACGAAGAACUGGUGGGAGUUGGAAGCGAGUUUAUCAACGGUACGGGCGGUUUUCCUUGACCAUGGCAAGGUUCAGUUUGUCCAUCUUCAUUGGCACCGUUGUGGUUAUCCUGUCCUACUUUGGCUCCAUAGGAAUGAUUUCAAACAUUGUUACUUCACAGUGCCUAGAUCCUGUGUGUCAAAACGGUGGAAGUUGUCAAAGUCAAGGGACUGUACACUACUGCAUUUGUCAAGUUGGCUACACUGGCAGUCACUGUGAAGAUCUGUUGUGCGAUCCAAGCUGCAUGAACGGAGGAACCUGUGUGGAGCUUCCCUCCGUUGGGAGAACCUGCUUAUGUAGUCCAGACUACACAGGUGCAACUUGUCAAGAGACUGCUACUUAUCUAUCAUUUGAGGAGCUGAAUUAUGCAGUACUUGAAACGUCCAGCAAUGAGGUCAGACUAAAAGUAAUCCGCACUGGGGAUCUUAAUAAAUCUACAAGUGUCCGCGUAGAAACGUCCGAUGAUUCUGCCCUGGAGGAUGUCAAUUACAGAAGGCUGUCCAGAGUCUUGAACUUUGACCCUUUCAUCUCGAACCAGACAAUAGGGAUAGAUAUCAUCGACAGUACUACGCCCGAGAAUGUUGACCUCUGGGUGGUGCUUUUCAACGCCAGCAAUGGAACUGUGCAGUCGCCAUAUGGAGCAGCCAGCAUUCAAAUAGUAGACACAUCUUCGGACACGGUAGAAGUGUUCCCGUUGGUGGACAAAGUAUUUGCCAUAGAGUCUGACAUUUUUGCUGAAGUUACAUUACUAAGAUCCGGUCCGAUCAACCAAAUGACGACAACAAUAUCUGUCAGUACUGUGGAUGCCUCGAUCAUUCCAGGGGCACUUGACUACAUCCCGUUUAGAAACAGAAACUAUACGUUUAUGCUUGGGCAAUAUAUGUGGAAGGUCCGAGUUCAGCUGACUGACAACUUAAUAUCCCAGGAUUCCAGGUACUUUUUCUUGGAGUACUCGGUGUUCGGUGCUGGCGGAAGCGGCAACUCCGAGCUAGUGGAGGUUGAGAUACUUGAUGAUGAUCCAGACUUGGAAACUGGACCCUCGUUCGGACUUUCAACAUAUGUCUUCUUUGCUGGUACCUUGCCUUACGUAACAAAUGAGAAUAGGGGAGAGGUUGAAAUCACUAUAUAUCGCAUCGGUGACUUGAACAUAACUACUGAAAUAGAGAUUUACACCUUGGAUGGAACUGCCUUGGGGCAUGCGGACUACCAGCCAAUGUUUAACUACACCCUUAUGACACAAUACAUGGAUGUGUACCAGUUUAGCAUUCCCAUCGUGCAAGAUAUGAUAUCUGAAUUAGGAACAGAGGAAUACUUUCUUGUCGGAAUGAACAUCCUCGCCGGUGGUCAGCUUGGCCGACCAAACGAAGGGACGGUCAGAGUCAACAUCAGACCUGACCCAAGAGAAGAUGUUUUUAUCCGGCUUGACUCCAGCCAAUACCAAGGUGUGGAGGGAGAUAUUCUACUAGUUGAAGUUGUCCGAGAAGGGGCAACUAAUGCUUUGACGUCAGUGGAAGUAUAUAUCACCUCGGGUACUGCUGUGGUAGGUGAGGACUUUGACCCAUCCUACCUAGAAGUCAUGUUCCCGCCUGGUGCAAGUUCUGUUGCAGUUAACAUAACACUCACGGACAAUAGCGUUGUGGAAGACACUGAGGUUUUUUAUAUUGAGCUACGGGAAGCAAGGGGUGGUAUCCUGGCUGCGCCUUAUUAUGUCAGUGUUGAAAUCAUUGACGACGAUACAGGAUCGACAACACUCUUUCAACCCACCAUACCCCAAUCCACCACACUGGAACCACCGCCGCCGGCAUCAAGCUCCGUCAUACCUAUCGUUAUCGGCGCCAUUGUGGGCGUGAUUGUGAUCUUUGGCCUUGUCUUGAUCUUCCUCUACUUCUGCUGCAAGAGGCGGGCAGCGAGACCCAAGGACUUGGGUGGAGGAGAGGUUCCGCUGACUACGAGCCAAAAGUACGGUCGCAAUAACUCCUACUUGAAUCGGGGGAUGUCGACCCCCAAAGAGAAGGGGCCACUAGCCCCAAUGUCCAGCGUGGAUCCCAAGACCAAAGAGUAUCCACGCGAUCAGCUGCGGUUUCAUGAGGAGAUUGGCGCGGGGGCGUUCGCCGUGGUGUACCGGGCCGAAGCAGUGGGCAUCCACAGGCCGGGUGUGGUGUCUACUGUUGCUGUCAAGAUGCUUAAGAAGACCGCAUCUGAGACGGAUAAGACUGACUUCAUGAAGGAGUUGAACGUCUUCAAGAUGCUUGAUAGGCAUGAUAACGUCAUGUCUCUACUUGGAUGCUGCACAACAGAAGAGCCUUUCUACAUCAUCCUAGACUAUAUGCCUCAUGGUAACAUCCAGUCGUACCUCCAGAGGGUACGAACAGGCAAAGAGAGAGACCACCCUGGGUACCUAGAUGCCACUCAGCGUAUCAUUCAACCGGAAGAGGUUCUACUGUAUUCAUCACAGGUGGCUAGAGGAAUGGAAUACUUGACGUCUAAAGAGUGUAUUCAUCGAGAUCUGGCAACAAGGAAUAUUUUGCUGGAUGCAGAUCACGUCUGUAAAGUGUCUGAUUUUGGAUUGGCGAGGGACAUAGCGGGAGACCAGCAGUAUGAAAUGAAGUCAAAGGGCAGAGUACCAGUGAGAUGGCUGGCUCCGGAGUGUUUGUUCCACAACACAUACACCUCCCAGAGUGACGUGUGGUCGUUCGGGAUUCUGAUGUGGGAGCUGGUGACACAAGGUUCACACCCCUAUCCUGGGAUGUCAUCCCAGCAGGUCAUGAAGCAGGUUCAGCAUGGAUACCGGCUACCGAAGCCAGACUGCUGCAGCCAGGAAAUCUACGACAUAAUGUACAGUUGUUGGAAAGAGGACCCCGAAGAACGGCCAACAUUCCAGGAUUUGCGCAAGAGCAUCGAGGACAUGCUGAGCAACGCACAGGGAUAUCUCUUGAUGGACUGCUUCCAAGAGGGCGACUACGUUUACAUGACUCCGGGUCAAGAAUCUGAUGAUGAAGAUGGACUGAAUGAAAAACCUGUAACGGCAGGGAAAACUAAUGGCAAGGACAAACUCACCAAGUAACAUUGGAAACAUAUCAGCCAACCAAAGAGUAACACUGGAAAGUAUCAAACCUAGUUACAAUGGAAGUGUAUUAGAAAAUAACCGAUUACAGCCUGGUUCAUAUUUCCUGGGAAUUUGAAAGCGAUAAGAAUUUUGACAUCGCUGUGUUGCAAGAGUUGUGCACAAGUCAACUGAUGCAAAUUAUUUUAUUGCGAGUUUGUGACGUCAAAGUUCGUAUCGCAAUCACAUUUGCAGUACAAAGAAAAGCUCAUCGAGUAACAUCGGAAAUACGAAGAAAACUUACCAAGUAAUAUUAGAGACGUAUUGUAAAACCACUGAGUACAAAGAAAAACUCACCAAGUAAUAUUGGAAACGUACUGUAAAACCACUGAGUAUGAAGAAAAACUCACCAAGUAAUAUUGGAAACGUAUUGGCGUGUCUGUUUUUUUUUCCUGGUUCGAGGACGAACGUGGGGUAAUUGUGUGCCCACGUUCGUCCUGGAAAAAAAUAUAAUACGCAACAUCGGGGGUCGACCCAGGGAAGCUAAAGGAACGCACCCAUUGUAAAACCACUAGAGUAUGAAGAAAAACUCACCGAGUAGUAUUAGAAACGUAUUUUAAAACCCCUGAGUACAUAGAAAAACUCACCGAGUAAUUAUGGAAACGCAUUGUAAAACCUCUGAGCACAAAGAAAAACUCACCGAGUAGUAUUGGAAACGCAUUGUAAAACCACUGAGUACAAAGAAAAACUCACCAAGUAAUAUUGGAAACGUACUGUAAAACCACUGAGUAUGAAGAAAAACUCACCAAGUAAUAUUGGAAACGUAUUGGCGUGUCUGUUUUUUUUUCCUGGUUCGAGGACGAACGUGGGGUAAUUGUGUGCCCACGUUCGUCCUGGAAAAAAAUAUAAUACGCAACAUCGGGGGUCGACCCAGGGAAGCUAAAGGAACGCACCCAUUGUAAAACCACUAGAGUAUGAAGAAAAACUCACCGAGUAGUAUUAGAAACGUAUUUUAAAACCCCUGAGUACAUAGAAAAACUCACCGAGUAAUUAUGGAAACGCAUUGUAAAACCUCUGAGCACAAAGAAAAACUCACCGAGUAGUAUUGGAAACGCAUUGUAAAACCACUGAGUAUAAAGAAAAACUCACCGAGUAGUAUUGGAAAUGCAUUGUAAAACCACUGAGUACAAAGAAAAACUCACCGAGUAGUAUUGGAAACGCAUUGUAAAACCACUGAGUAUAAAGAAAAACUCACCGAGU